AUGGUUAAUGUGGAUUUUCAAACCAUCACCCAGCCUGUGGGGAUCAUGCGAAUACUGGUGACCAUACUGACUUUAAUGUGUUUUAUUCUGGUGGCAACGGUGGGUCCCCAGUCAUCAUCAUACUGGACAUGGUGCAUGUUCACAUGGUUCUUCUGCUUUCUCGUCACCUUUCUCAUUGUCAUCCUGGAGUUCACCUCGAUCAGCAGGAAAUUACCCUUUGCCUGGGAUGACUUCACCGCCGCCUUUGCCAUGCUGGCGAGCCUGCUGUGCCUGUCUGUCUCCAUCAUCUACCCCACAUUUUUCACCUGCAACAUCUGCUAUCGGCAGAUCGGAGCCUCCGUGAUAUCAGUGUUUUGUCAUUUCGGAUAUGUAGGGGAAGUAGUCUUAACGCGCCUUCGUCCUAGAGGCGAGACAAGUGGGUUUCUCUCCACGGUGCCUGGCAUUAUGAAGAUGUUGGAGACCUUCCUCGCCUGUCUCAUCUUCGUGUCCCUGGAACCAGGCCAGUACUCAGGCUCCCCACCACUGAAGUGGUGCGUGGCUGUGUACUCCUUGUGUUUUAUCUUCAACAUCCUCAUCAUUGUGCUUUCCCUCACACAGCUUAAAUCUUCUUUUCCAUUUAGUUUUGACAAGCUAGCUAUCGUCUAUAACAUCGUUGCGGCCGUAAUGUACGUGACGGUUAUGGUGAUUUGGCCACUAUACAUAUUCAAGAACAAUGGAAGACCAGUCAAUUGUGGCUAUCCCUGUGCCUGGGAUAAAAACGUGGUCGUCACCAUAAUGACAAUCUUCAACUUUAUUGUUUAUACCCUGGACACCAUCUACUCUAUACGGCUUGUUUUCUUUCUAACUGAGUGA